AUGUCCAACAAUAACGACAACAAACCUGAUACAUUCUCAAAUGGCCUAAACGAUUCUUUUGCAACAUCACCACCACAUUCAGUGUUGUCAGCAAAUGUAGCAGUGCCAAUCACUUCCAUACCCGAUAAAAACCAUCCAAGCCCAUCGCGAAAACUAAAACCAAAAAGUAUUCACAUUUCGUACACACAGCGAUUAGAGUUGAUUGGUUUUAUGGUCACUUUGCUCGUGUUUUUCUUGAUGUUGUUUGCGUUAUUGGCUUCUAGCUCGUACGCAGUGCGUGGGGUGUCCUUUGUUGAGCUACGAUUGACAGAUUCUGAGGCAUUGGCGAAUGUGACUCAAGGAGAAGCGACCUGGCUUCGGUUUGGGCUUUAUGGAUAUUGCUAUGGGAAUGGUCAACUUGAAUUUAUUGAUUGUAAACUUCAGUCGGGACUGACUGUUGAACCUUUUGAUCCACUUUCGGUAAUGCAAAGGCAUUUUCCGCAAGUGGUAACAAAUCUCACAAAUCCUUGGACAAAUCCAUCACAUAACACUGGCAUAACCUUCACAAUAUACCUUACACUAGCUUUUACAUUAUCCGUGGCUGCACUCACCAUCUUUAAAAACAUUUUCAGGCUCUACGACGACAAACAUUACACCCGUGGAUUUUUACUCGCCCUCGCGUUCCCAACAAUCGCACUUUGUCUGAGCUUAGCAAUUCAUUUGUAUACCGAUGGACUGCGAUGGGUAUCUGAUGUGUAUCCGCAGUUCACCGGAAGUUUCGAGAACGGACUUUGGCUCAUUGGUAUGGCAAUAAUGGCCGAUCUUGUUGCUUCGGUGCUGUUCUUUCGUGGAUGUUGUUGA